AUGAAAAGUCAAGGAAAGAAGUUUUGGAAUGAAAUAACAAAUCAUCAAUUUUGUUUUGAUCGAUCUCAACUUGAAGCUGAAAUAACACAAACAUUAGAACGUAAUGAUUUACUUCGUUUUUAUGAUCAUUAUAUAUCACCACAUUCAAUUUAUCGACGUAAAUUAGCACUUCAUGUUAAUCCAUCAUCAUUAACACUUCAAAAAUCUAUUGAUGAAAAAAAUACUAACGAAAACAAAGAUCAAUUAGAUGCUAUGAAUUAUAAAAAAUCACUUUCAAAUACUGAUAAAGAACGCACUCAAAUAGAGGCUACUGUACCUGUAGAUGUCAAUCAUGAAGCAAUAAAAUUAACUGAACAACUUGUUAUGAUUGAUAAUUUAAUUGAAUCAAAAUUAAAACAAAUCGAAUAA